AUGGAGCUGGACAGCAUCGAGUGCGUUUCUUCCUCCGAUGGGUUGGAUGAGGAGGAGAUCCCUCACGACAAUCUCCACCAUCACCACCAUCAGUUCUCUUCCGCCAAGCCUCACAAUGCGGCCGCCAACAACAACGGCCGCGGCGCGGGUAUCAUCGGUAUUCCCGGUCCCACCGCCAUCGCUCCGGCCACCAGCGUCCACGAGUUGCUAGAAUGCCCCGUUUGUACCAAUUCUAUGUACCCACCCAUUCACCAGUGUAGCAAUGGACAUACACUCUGCUCGACUUGCAAAACCAGGGUACAUAAUCGGUGCCCAACUUGUAGACAGGAGCUUGGAGACAUUAGGUGUUUAGCACUUGAGAAGGUGGCAGAAUCUCUUGAAUUGCCCUGCAAAUUUUACAAUUUGGGGUGCCCAGAGAUAUUUCCUUACUACAGCAAACUCAAGCAUGAGACAGUUUGCAACUUCAGACCAUACAACUGUCCAUAUGCUGGAUCGGAAUGCUCCGUUGUUGGUGAUAUUCCUGCUCUUGUUGCUCAUCUACGGGAUGAUCACAAGGUAGAUAUGCACACGGGUUGCACAUUCAACCAUCGCUACGUGAAGGCUAAUCCUCGUGAAGUCGAAAACGCCACUUGGAUGUUGACGGUAUUCCAUUGCUUUGGUCAGUAUUUUUGUCUUCAUUUCGAAGCCUUUCAGCUAGGGAUGGCUCCGGUCUACAUGGCAUUCCUGCGUUUCAUGGGGGAUGAGUCUGAGGCUCGUAACUACAGCUACAGCCUCGAGGUUGGAGCAAAUGGGAGGAAGCUCAUUUGGGAGGGGACUCCACGAAGCGUAAGAGAUAGUCACAAGAAGGUGAGGGAUAGCCAUGACGGUCUCAUUAUUCAAAGAAACAUGGCUCUCUUCUUCUCCGGAGGGGAUAGGAAGGAACUGAAGCUGAGGGUUACCGGCAGGAUCUGGAAGGAACAACAGAAUCCGGAAGCCGGUGUGUGCAUACCAAACCUUUGUAGCUAA